UGUUUUCGUAUCAGGGAAGACUGGGUUGCACUGACUUCACCCCUCACCUGAAAAGAAAUGGCAGGUUUGGUAAGCGAGGAAAACCAAAAAGGGACAGCCGGACGCUCUGGUCCAGAAACUGGCGAUGAGCUGCAGACCCCGGUGUUGCGCAUCAGCCAGCUGGAUGCCCUCGAGCUAGACUCAGCCCUUGAGCAGCUGGUAUGGACCCAGUUCUCCCAGUGUUUCCAGAACUGCCGCCCUGGCCUUCUCACUCCUCUGGAGCCUGAGCUGAGGGCUUUGCUCCAGCUGCUCCUGUGGAGGUUCACACUGUUUUCUAGCAGCGCCACAGUGGGCCAGUCUUUACUGAGCCUGCACUACAACAACACUUUUUCCUCCUCUCCCCGUUACAGACCUCUGUCCCGCAGGCAGAAGUUGGGUCUGGCCCUGCUCACCGCAGGCCCCUGCUGGCUCAAAGAGCGUUCCCAUAGCCUGCUGCUGUGCUUGGGUUUGAAUACAGGAGGACCCGUGUCUGAAAGAGACAGUGGUUUGCUCCAAAAGGGUCUCCGUAGUUGCCUGAAUCUUAUUUCUUGUAUUGCCCAGCUCGCAAGUCUCAUCAACUUCCUUGUGUUCCUAAGGAAAGGUUGCCAUCCUGUCCUGGCUGAAAGGAUUGUGGGAGCUCAGGCAGUUUUCACCAAGCCAAAUGUUGUCCGGGACAUAACCUACCAGUACAUGAACCGGGAGCUGCUGUGGCAUGGCUUUGCUGAGUUCCUCAUCUUCCUGUUACCACUGAUCAAUACAAGGAAACUGAAGGCGACAGUGUAUUCGAUUGUUUUUGGGGGAGGAAGUGCUGAUGGAGAGGGAGGUAGAGACGUGCACGGGGUGUGGAAAGAGUGCGGGCUGUGCGGAGAGUGGCCGACCAUGCCUCAUACAGUGGGUUGCCAACAUGUUUUCUGCUACUACUGCAUCAAAAGCCACAUCAUUGCAGACGCUUGCCUCACCUGUCCCAAAUGUGGUGCAGAAGCAGGACAACCUGAGCCAGUCAAGAUCGAGGUGGAGAUGACUGGCAGGCAAUGAUAUGAAGAAGCAGCUACGACUGUAUUUAUUUUGAAAUUACAUGGACUUUUUGAAAUUAAAAUGUGUUAUAAUUUUAUAGCUGUACAGAUUGAAUACACAUAGAGUGAACAGGCUCAUGACUAACCACUCAUGUUAUUAUGCUAAUUUAUCAUAAAGUUUACCAUAUUUUGAUAUGAAAACAUGAAGAAAAGGGUUUAACAGUCCCUGUGUUGUCAACAGCCCUCCUUUUUGAGGGUAGUCGUGUGUGAGUUUAUGACUGGACUUCAGUCUUUAUGAUGUCUGUCUUUUCUGAACACACAUCGACCUGCUAUGUUUAAUGUAUGUGUGCAUAUAUUGACAAUCCUCUGCCCCUUCUGUUUCUCCAGCUGGACUUUGGACAGAACUAUUUGUCUUUGGUGCACUGGACAGACUACCGAGAACCACACAGAGCAUAUAUUUGAUGAGUGAACGUGUUGAUUUAUGCUCCAAAUUGGGUGUGUGUGUGUGUGUGUGUGUGUGUGUGUGUGUG